AUGGCCGACACUGGAUUCCCUGGUCAGCACUCUACGACCACAACUGUCACUUCAAGCACCACAGUCAAUACAAGGAUAAGAUUUGACAAAGCAUAUUUAACAACUGUGCCUGGACUACUCAAGAUAGUACAAGUUGGAAGCUCUUUGCUCGGUUUCAUUUGCAUCUUAUGCUCUCGACUAAGCUCGGCCAGUAAAGGGGCCUACUUCAGCUGGAUCUCUAUGAUCGCUUUCUGGUUCACCGGAAUUCUCCUGGGCUUGUACCUGUUCCACAUCGUCGAGAAGUUCUACAAGAUACCCUGGCUGCGAAUGGAGUUCCUCUUCGCCUCGGUAUGGUCAGUGCUGUACCUGGUAGCUUCGAUCCUAGCCAUCACCGUCGGCGACAACGCUCAUUUAGCCGCUUGCUUCUUCGGGUUUGUGGCGACGCUCGCUUACAUGAUCGACGCGUUCCUUAAGUUCCGGUCGGUGCGCGCCGGUGGCCUCGCGCAGGGCACCAGGGUCGUCUCGAAGCAGACCACCGAGGUGACCACGCCGCCGCGCGUCGGGUACUGA